AUGAAGAAAUCGCAAACGGAGAGGUGUCAAAAGGCAGACAGGAUUCAUUCAGACUUUAUACCAUUAAGGAAAUGCAUCGCAAAAUUACUUCUUGUAUGGAAAAAGGUUGUCGAGUCAAGCUUUCCCGAAAUUGUGAAUCCAUCCUUGGAUGCAGUUACAUCUGGCAUAGAAAAGUUGGAUACAUUUUUACAGAGUGAAAUUUGGGCCGUGUUUUCAGAAAAGCAUUUGUAUUCUGCAAUGCGUAAUACUGAGCAAGAAUGGAUGGCAACUGUAUCCAAAGUUACAAAACGGUUUGUAGAUGCAAGCCGCUUGAUUCUGUCAAAGGCUGCAAAGAAUGCCGACUCUAGUCAGGCUAUAUUUACUACCAUGAUGACCAAACUUUUGGCUACUGCAGCUACAAAAACAGAAGUUCGAACACGUCGCAUUACCGAGCGUAUUCAGGCAUACGAGUGUGCAAUGCAACUUGUGGUAGAUCAAUGGAGCUGUCAAUCUGAGGAAUUGGGUCUUGAACGGCAUAUAUGGGCCAUAACAACACCCUCACACCGAUUUACUAAGCUUUAUCCUUAUGAAAACUCUUUGAGGAUGCGUCGCAGACUUGUUUUAAACAAAAACUUCAACACCCAUAUCGAUGCUUCUACCAAACGAGACAAACUUCCUCCUUCACGUUCUAGCUUUUUAAUCAAGCGAGGACUACUGCAAGGCAUUUCGGCAAUGUCGCUACACUCACUUUCUGAUCGUAAGAAAUUACUGGCAGAGCGUAUUCAGAAAUUACAAGCGGAUUCUGAAUUCAAGCGUGAUUCAUCUGAUGCAAGCAUGCCUAGUAUUGACGAGUUGCCAAACGACGAUACAGUGGGCCGUAUUUCCAACGAUGAUUUACAAGUUGGAAAAGAGCUGAUUGUGUGUACUGCGUUUUGCGAGAUGAUACAAUGCAUGUCUUUUGUCAAGGGAAAACUUAGACUUUCGUCAACGUUUCUGCAGUUCAUUCCAGAAUCCACCUCAACAACAAGUUUAAAUCAAUCAGCUCAAAUUUCGACUGCCUCAAAUCGGCCGAUUUUAGCAAUUGAUAAAGACGCCAUGACUGAAAAAAAGUGGCUGCUGGUUGAUUUGCAGCAUGUGUUUUUAAGACGGUAUAAGCUUCGUAAUAGCGGUGUCGAGUUUUUCUUUGUUGAUGGUCGUACACAGCUGUUUAGCUUUUUUGAUGGAGAUGGUAAACAGGGAAGCAAGGAUCGCAAUCGUAUUGUACGCAAAAUAUUCAGUUUUGGGCUGCCAAACUUGAAAGAAUCUGCGCUGGUUGGGCCAGAGGAAAGUUUGAAGCGAAGUGAUUUGACAGAUCGUUGGGUUCGUCGUGACAUAUCCAAUUUUGAGUAUCUAAUGGCUCUUAACACACACAGUGGACGAACAUAUAAUGAUUUGACGCAAUAUCCUGUUUUUCCAUGGAUACUGAACGAUUACUCAAGUCACACAAUUGAUUUGGCUGAUCCGACAAUCUAUCGAGAUCUGUCUAAGCCUGUCGGUGCGCUAAAUCCAGAUCGUCUAGCACGCUUUUUAGAGCGAUAUCAUUCGUUUGAGGAUCCUGAAGGUCAAGUUAAAAAGUUUUUGUAUGGGUCUCAUUACUCCCUACCUGGAUCAGUUUUGUUUUAUUUGCUUAGAUUAGAACCAUUUACUUCCUUGCACAUCCACCUUCAAGGAGGCAAAUUUGAUCAUCCUGAUCGACAAUUUCGAUCAUUGGACUCGUGCUGGCAUUCUGUAUGUACAAGUAGUAGUGAUGUAAAGGAGCUUAUUCCCGAGUUUUUUUACUUGCCAGAAUUUCUUCGAAACGAGAAUAAUUUUGAUUUGGGAGCAACUCAAUCUGGAGAGCGUUUGAACGAUGUUGUUCUUCCACCCUGGGCAUCAACACCCGAAGAAUUUAUUCGAAUACAUCGCGAAGCAUUAGAGAGCGAAUAUGUAUCCGAUCACCUCAAUCAAUGGAUUGACUUGAUUUGGGGCUACAAACAAACAGGAGAUGCUGCCAUUGAAGCGCACAAUGUGUUUUACUAUCUUACAUACGAAGGCUCAGUUGACUUGAAUCGUAUCAGCGACCCCACAGAGCGUCAGUCGAUUGAAGAUCAAAUAAGCCAUUUUGGUCAAACACCAUCCAAAUUAUUUUUCAAGCCUCAUCCAUCUCGACAAAAAAUACCACGUCGUAGUAUAUUUUUGAAUACUGACGAAACUGCAGCGACUGAUGUGGUUUCUCUGGCUACUUCGGUAGCGGCCGCUGCUUCAUUGUUUGUCACAGAAGCUGUAAAUAAUCUUAGUCCCAUAGGGUCUCCGCCUAGUUCUGAAUCAUUAAUCACGUCGUUUGUCGACCCAGUCCACUUUUCAAAACAAUUGGCCACGGCUUCCUCGACACUUGCUGUGCCUAUGAAGAUAUUGGAUGCCUCCAGCUCAAGGAACUCGUCCGUAUCUGGAUUCAUUGAUCGUCCAAGUGUUUUAAGCUUUACUUUGAAAUUGAAUAGAGAAAUUCCUCCUGUAAUGAUAAAAUGUGCUGAAAUUUCUAAUGCAGGCACACAGCGAUGGACAAAGACAUAUAAAUCAGGCUCGCGUGGCAAUAGUGGAUCCAGUAUAGUGAUGGUUGAUGAAAAGUUGCAUAUUUCUGUAUAUCAAUGGAGACCCUCGUUUCCAUCAGACUCGGUUCCCAUGCGACUUGAUCAAGAUCUUAAAGGAUGCGAGAGCAGAUUGAUUCCCACAGUUCUUGCAGAUGGCAUUCAGCCCAACUCGCAAUGCAUUGAUAUUACUUCUAAUGGACAGUUUAUUUUUGUCGGAGGAAUUUGUGAUUUUUCGCUUUGCAUUUAUCAGAUUGUAAAUAUAUCGGUCAAGUUGUCUGAUCGAGUCUAUGGCCAUCGUGACGUUAUUACCUGCGUUGGGUUGUCUGAGGAUGAAACAUUUUUAGCUACUGGCUCAAGAGAUACCACUGUUCGAGUGUGGCCGCUCACCUAUAUGCGUGACAAAUGUAUUGUAAACAAAAAUGGAUGUCGCAUCUACUACGGGCAUGAUGAUUUGGUGACCACUGUGCUUGUGAACCGAGAUCAUGGCAUUGUGAUUAGCGGUUCUGCUGAUGGAACCCUCAUUAUCAACUCUCUUUAUGGACCACCGUGUCCGACUUCUAUAGAUUUAGAUUAUCCCAUGCACGAUGGUAUACAAAGUACGAUCUGCGACGUGCUUUUUAAUUCUUGUGAUGCUACAAUCAUAGCUCAUUCUCAGUCCGUGUCUGGUCCUAGCAAUGGAUUAUCAUUUUUACAUGUGUUUUCUAUUAAUGGUCGCAAGCUUGCAUUCAAGGAUCUUGGUGUGCCUGGCUGUACUAUUCAGUUGACAUCACAGGGAUUUAUGGUUGUAAUAGUCGACAAGAACAGCGCAAUUCAAUUUUUAUCAAGCACAACGCUUGAGCAAGUGCAUGCAUUGAAGUCGGAACUUGAGUUGACAAGUAUGUGCAUUUAUGCAUAUAAAGGAUUAGCCCACAACCCUAGUGGGGUUUAUGACUCGACGAUCGAUAUGUUUCAACCCAAAAUCAACGAGGGACUUUUCCCUCCAGAACGAGUUUCCUUGGGCUCGACACCUCCAUCUGAAGCCCCUACUGCUUUAAAGCAUCUAAGGAUCUCACCAGAACCAUCUUUUGUAAAAUCUCACAAAUCUGUUUCGUCUAUUAGUUUAAUUGAUCUAGAAUCUGGGGAUAUGGCGGUGUUUGGACGCGCCGAUGGUAGCAUUAUGGUGGUAAUGCUGUAA